CUGACUAAGAACCAUGGCAGCCUGGGGUGCUGGCCUGGCCACCUGGAGUGUUCCAGCUGGUUGGAAAUGAGAAGGGUGGGGUUAUCCUCACAGAGGUGUCACUCUGGCUUGGGGAGGGGCUUGGUGGGUCCCCAUGAGGUCACAGUAGCAGUCUACCAUCCUGAGCAGUCCAGGAAGAGGAAGCUAAGCUGGAGCCUGGGCCAUGACCACUUGCAGCCUCUUUUGCUCGGCCCAGGCCACUGAGGGAUCUGCUUGCUUUCCACCCACAAAACUCCAGAAGUCCCAUUCUGGCCAGGUUGUCCCCCAGGGGCUCCAGGCUGCUUCCCCGGGAGCAGUACUUGGUCUGGCUGCAGCCCAGCCCUAGGCAACCUUUGGGACAACUGGCACCCCAUGUUCUCUGCCAGUGCCUCCUGGAUGAAUUCAUAAGGAGGUGUUGGGGUGGUGGCAGGAAAUUGCUCAUCUGAGAUCCCUAGGCUGUCCGAGCUCUGUCACUCUGUCUUUCACCUGCCCACCAUCCUCAACAUUCGUUCUGUGUUCAUCCUGGUGGGCGUGACAAGCAGUCUGACUAGUCUGGCGGGAACCUGGGAACUGGAGGGCAGUGGUGCCACCUCAGGCUCCCUCCCACAGGGAGGGGCACUUUUGUCCCUCUGACGGUAAGCCAAGGAUUGGGGUCAGAACCAGCAGAGACUUGCCAGACGGAGGAGGCUCCAGCAGGCGCAGUCCGGAUGCCCUGCCCUGGGCUUCCUUGGCUCCGCCGCCACUCGAGGGCUGCUCAGGCCUCGGGCCCAAGCUCCCCGGGCUCGCUGUCUACACCCCGGUCCCCAGGCAGGGGGGAGGAAGAAGAGGAGGAUGAGGAGGAUGGGGACUGCACCCCGGGCUCGGGCCCCAUCCUGCCCCCCGCGUCCCCUGUGGAGUGCCUCAUCUGCGUGUCACCCUUCGACGGCGUGUUCAAGCUGCCCAAGCGCCUGGACUGUGGUCACGUCUUCUGCCUGGAGUGCCUGGCUCGCCUGUCGCUGGCCACGGCAGGCGGCGGUGACGCGGUGGCCUGUCCGAUGUGCCGCACACCCACGCGACUAGCCCAGCGCGGAGGGCUGCCCGCCCUGCCUACACAAUCCGGUCUGUUGCCCCGCGAGGCGUGCGCCCCGCCUGCAAGCCAAGGCUCUGUGCGCUUCGACCGGCGCCGGGGUCUGCUCUACAUGCGCCCGCCUCCUGCGCCUGGGUCGCGCAAGACACGUUCCGCGCGCCCGCAGCCUCCGCCUCCCCUGCGCCUGGGCCGCCCACUGUCGCGCCGCCUGACUCUGGACAGCCCCACCUGGGCCUUUAACGCUGCGGUAGCACUGGCAGUGCUGGUGGCCGCUGGCCUGGUUGUCUCCGGUGUCUAUAUUUUCUUCCUCAUCCCUCACGCCGCCUCUUCCGGUCCCGCACGGCCCCAGCUUGUGGCGCUUGCCCCGGCACCCGGCUUCUGGAUCCCAGCACAGCCCACGCCUGGGACGCCCUGGACCCCAGGCUCCACGGACCGUGACCUCGACGCCAUCCUGCCGGGGGCUGCGGAGGAUGCACUGGAGCCUCAAAGGAGCCCCGGGGACACAGAGGAGGUAGAGGCGAUGCUGGACAGGACCUUGGACCAUGGGUGGGAGGCAGAGGAUGGCCCUGGAUGGGCCAGUGGGGCACGAGGCAGGAGGAGGGUAUGGGGGGCACAGUAAACGCGUCUCUGCUGCAGAUCCAGUCUUCGAUCCUGGGGAUCUCGGUUUUAUCCUGGGGGCCCUGCCAGAACCACUUGCAAGGAUCCCCUGAGGCUUAGCUGGGGGCUGGGCAGGGCACACAUUUCUCCAGAGGGAGGUUUGGAGGUCUGGUGGGAUCAUCACCACUGGACAAGGAUCGUUUCAAGAAAUCCCUGAGAACACAUCUGCCCCCAAUCCCUACGGGCAUUCAGCGGAGGGUCUUUGUAAAGACCUUGCUGGGAGGUCUAAAUCUGGUCUCUGUGAGAGUGCAGUGGGAGUCCCCCAGUCUUUAUCCCUGGCUGGAGAGUCUCCCUCACUGACUGUGGUGGCCCUGUCCUUGGAGAGCAGAGCUGCUGCUACUAUUGGCUGGCAACAGCCCUCUGGCUGGGCCACUGCAGAGCUGACUCCCACCCAAGUAGUGCACUUUUGUUUUAUAUUCAGCUGCUUGCAGGCUGGACAGGUAGAAUCCAGCUGUCUCUGCUGCUACCCUGCACACCUGGCUGGGACCAGGGCUGGAGAGGGACAGGUAGGGACUGAGCCUCAAAGGCUAGCUCCCACCUGCAUGCUGAGAACCAAGUUUCCAUGGAGGCCUCGACUUCCUCUAUGGGUCCUGGUUUCUGGGAUCCUCCUGAUAGGCUUUUGGGCCUGGGGCAGCUGUAUCACCAAGGCUCACAGAGGCCAAGGUUACCCUCUGGGUCAGUGACGCAUGAUUUGGGGGGUUGCUUCUGGACUUCCUUGGCGACUAGAGUUCCCAUCACCCCCACCUCUGUUCAUUAAUUUCUCUUGGGGUCAGUUAUUGCCCCUUCUCUGCCAGGUUUCCACCAGCCUUUCCUGUUGGGCCCCCAGGUGAAGCCUCAGCCCUCCUGGUGGACAGCUGCCUCCAGGGAGGGCAGCUCUUGGAUCCUAUCCUCCUCCCAGAAGCCUUCCUGGCUUAGUGACAGCCCAGUCGAUGGCAGCUACCCGCAGGACAUGUCAUCUGCCCUGACCCCCAGGUCCUAAAACCCCCAUUCUGCCUCAUCCCAGGGUUGGGGUGCUGUGUGUUGCAGGGGGCCUCCAGCAUUUUUCCAGUGACAUUUCUAUGGGGCUAGAGACUCCUGUUUGGUUUGUUUACAUGUGUGUCCUCAGCACCUGGCAUAGAGUGAAUGCCAAACAGUUUUCUGGGGAGUGACAGCAUUGCAGGUGACCGGUGGGCAGCCCAGGAAUGCCUGUGGACACCCUGGACUGACACAACUGCUAGUCACUCUGAUCUAGGCAGUCAGCGGAGCUCCUUCUGAUGCAAGCUGCUGCUUCCAGGUGGACAGAGUGGGAUUGGCAGGGUGUCCAAAGGAGUGUCUUCUAAGACCGGUUCCUGUCCCAUACCUGUAGAGCCAAUGUCACUCACAGCCCAGCCUCCACUGGGAGGGGACCUGAUCAGGCAGGAGCAAGGAUGGCAAUGUGUAGAUUUUUCUGGCUGCUGCGACAUAUUUCCACCAACUCAGUUCCUUAGAACAACACACAAUGUCUCACAGUUCUGCAGGCAGAAGUCUUGGGAUCUGUCUCACUGGACUGAAGUCCAGGUGUCCAUAGGGCCAGUUUCUUCUGGAGGCCCUAGGGAAGAAUUUGUGUCCUUAGGUUCUUCAGCUUCUAAGCUUCAUUCCUUGGCUUCCUCCAUCUUCAAAGCGGCAGGAUAGUAUCUUCAGAUGUCUCCCUCUCUGACCCUCCUGCCUUCCUCUUUCACUUAUAAGGACUCUGUGGUGACACCCAGAUAAUUCAGGAUAAUCUCUCCAGCUCAAAGUCCUUAAUUUAAUCAUAUCUGCAAGUCCUUUAGGCACCCAGGCAAGGUAUCAGAUUCAGAUUCCAGGGAUUAGGAUCUGGAUAUCUGCAGGAGCCAUUACUGUUUAUAUAGUGUCUCAGCUACCUCCUCAUCCCAUCUCUCCUGCCUGGGGUAGAGGGGUUGGGGCAGGAGACCUUCCAGGGAUGGGUCCAGCCAAGGGAACCAGAAAGGAACCCUUGUCUGGUGGUACAUAAAGGAAGGAGAGAUGAUGCUCUCUGCCUGAGGGUGUUCAAGGAAGGCUGCCUGGAGGAAAGAUGUCAGAACUGUAUCUUCAAGGACACUAAGGUGAAAUGGUAGCUGACACUGACUUGGGGACCUGACACAAUGAGGUGGUGGCUGAGGGUAGUGGACAGCACUGGCCUCUCCCUCUUUGUGCUAACCAGCUUCCUCCAGGGGGCUUCAAGGAGGCAUGAUUUCUUCACCUUCAACUGGGAGCCUGAGGCUUCAGUCUCUCCUCCUGUAAAAUGAGGCUGAUGACAGAGCCCAGGGACCGCUGAGCAUCCUGUCUGCUGAUUACUACCUCGAUGCCUGCCCGCCCACUGCUCAUGAACAAAGGGUCUGCCCGAAACCACCCCGGGGCCAGGAUCACUGGGACUGCCCCUAACCCUUACCUUUCAGCCUCUGUGACCACGUGGAGCUGCGCUCUCCCAGGCCUCCCUCUGCCCACUCCAUCCCUGCUGUCCCAGGCUUGCUCCUCCUCCCAGGUCCUGUGAACACCCAGACAGCAAGCAGGUCACCCUCAGUGCCUGGCAUUAUGACGGAGAGGACUGUACCUGACAGGCUUUGGUUCCCUCUUCUGUAAAGCAGACAAUAAACACUAUUUGCAA